AUUGUCAUUCUUGGAAGACAUCCUCGAUACUGAUUGUCAGGCGUCUCUCGAAAAACACUUGCAAAGACGCGUUGCUGUAGAAGCAAAAUUAAUCUGACAGAAGAAUCAGGCCAUUCGCGCAGACGUCAUCACUCGAAGCUUCAAAGUCGCGAAACAUUGGGACAAGACAAGGCCGAGGAAAGACAGCCAAACACAUAGAAGGCUGAAAGAUUGAUGAGACAGUCGGAAUUCAAGACGGUGCCAGAUGCAACCAAUGCUGUAGCAAUGCCUGGUCUGGUUCGCAAACUCUUCAUCUGCGCGGCCGCAGAUGGUCUGCUGUUGCAACCUCUCAGUCAACGAAAUCAACAGCCCUCGUCUCCUUCUGUAAAGAUCAGCUAUAACACGUACAACAUCACUCCUGAACUCCAACAAGAUAGCGAAGACUCGACCAGCGAGGGACUCGAAGCUCACGGUCUGCUCGGUCUCCUGAACCUCGCAUCUUCAUCGUACCUUGUCGCCAUCUCGAAGCGUGAGCAAAUUGCUCAGAUCCGCGGCAAGCCCAUAUACGUCAUUACCGAUGUCGCUCUUAUCCCUUUGGCCUCGCAGUCAGAAGCACAACAUGCUAUCCAGCAGGCGAAACUGGCUCUGAAGGGCAACAAGCCCGAGUCGGUCGACACUAGCGAUGAUGAGGAGGACUCAAACAGUACAACCGCAGACGACGAACACGACGACAAUGCUUCGGUCGGCUCUCCAGAUGAGCCGCUGCAUGUGCCAAAGGGCUCAAUCAACAAGGCCACUACUGUGGUUACCGAUGUCAUCAAGAACAAGGGGCAAUAUGGUCGCUUCGCUCAGCGUUGGUUCUCCAAGGGAGGUGGUUGGAAGUCAGACGGCAUCCGCAAGCAAGGCAUGAGCGCUAGCGAAGACGACUUGUCCCUGACCAACGAGCAGAAGAGACAAGCACAAGACUCUCUGCCCGCCGGCAAGAAAGACGAGGUCGAGAGCGCGCCUGUUGACACUCAAUCGCAAACACAUUCAGACGAUCAACAACCGACCACCGAAGCAGCGCCUAUCGCGUCGGGCGAGACGACCCUUACUAAUCUCAUUCCACGAAUUCUAAAGACCACGAAGUUGUACUUUACCUCACGAAGCUUUUACUUCUCUUACGAUUACGACAUUUCACGCAGCCUUUCACGACAGGAGUCGGCUUCUGCGUCUGUCCCUCUUUACAAGCGUUCCGAUCCUUUGUACUUUUGGAACCACAACUUGGCUGAGCCGCUUAUCGAAGCUGGUCAGCACAAUCUCGUGUUGCCUGUCAUUCAAGGCUUCAUCGGUCAGCGCGCCUUCACCGUCGAUGCACCCGAGAACGAAGAGAGCAAGAUUGUCGACUCGAAGCAGGAUGCCUCAGAAGUCGUCCAGGUCCAGGAAGAUGCUCAGAAAGAGAAUGCAAACACAACCGACGACAAGUCACAGGCCAAGGAGCUGCUGUUGACCUUGAUCUCGAGACGCUCCGUCAAACGUGCAGGACUACGCUACCUGCGUCGCGGCAUCGACGACGACGGCUAUGUCGCCAACAAUGUUGAGACUGAGCAGAUCCUUGCAACGCCAUCGUGGGACUCGAAAGACAAGGUCUUCUCGUUCCUGCAGAUUAGAGGAUCUAUACCCUUGUUCUUUUCGCAAAGCCCUUACAGCUUCAAGCCAAUCCCGAUUCAGUACGGCUCAGAAGCAACAAACCAAGCCGCGUUCAAGAAGCACUUCUCCAACAUGCUUGAGCGGUAUGGAGAGGUCCAGUGCGCAUCUUUGGUUGACAAGCAUGGCACAGAAUCGAAGAUUGGUGAGUCUUAUGAGAAGCAUGCGAACAGCCUAAAUUCCUCCGGAGGCGCUUCUGGCAAACAAGUUGGAUUCCAUUGGUUCGACUUCCACACUGUGUGCAAGGGUAUGAAGUUCGAAAACGUCUCGGUCUUGAUGGAUACAUUGAGGCCGACCAUGAAGUCUUUCGGCUGGACUGUCCAUCAAGACGGCAAAUUCAGUAGCACUCAGACUGGUGUUCUGAGGACGAACUGCAUGGACUGCUUAGAUCGAACCAAUGUCGUUCAGUCUGGCGCGGCUGGUCUCGCACUCCAAGACCAACUUGCCGAGAUGGGUUUGACUAUCAAUCUUCAAACCGAUCCAAAGACUUCCUGGUAUAACAACCUCUGGGCUGACAAUGGCGAUGCCAUUUCUCGCCAAUACGCAGGAACUGCCGCAUUGAAGGGAGAUUUUACCCGUACCCGCAAACGAAACUGGCAAGGCGCCUUGACAGACUUCAGCCUUACCUUGAACCGCUACUACAACAAUAUCUUCGGCGACUACUUCCUCCAAACCUGCGUCGAUUUCUGGCUCGGCAAUGCAGGACCUGUUGUAUUCGAGGAGUUUGAGACUGACAUGAUGAAUCAAGACUACGCUCUCGAUAUGGGUCGUAUUCGUCAAAGCGCCAUCGAGACCUGUGUGCGCAUUGUCCUCGAAGACUCGGCGGACAUGGUGUCUGGUUGGACACUGUCUUGUCCAGCCUCUGCAAAUACGCUCCGCGCUCUGCCUUUUGAAGAAUGCAUUGUGCUUCUUACAGACACUGCAUUAUACUUCUGCCGCUUUGACUGGGAUACAGAGAAAGUAGGCAGCUUUGAACGUGUGGAAUUGGUCGAUGUCGAAAGUGUCAACUAUGGCACUUACAUCACCAGUACCCUCGGACCUACUCACAUGGACGAGAAGAAGAACGUGGGCUUUGUGGUCAAGUACUCGAGUCAAACACCUGCUAUGGUUCGCACGAACACGCGCAGCUUAGCCAAUGAGAAAGAGGCACCUGCUGCUGAGAAAGACGGAAAGAAGACGGAUGUCAAAGCUGCUGAGAGUCGUCUUCUUGCUUUCAAAGCACUACCACCUAGAAAUUCGGCUUCCAAGGGCAAAAAUGCUGAGGGUGAGAUGACUGAAGUGGAGAUGGUGAGGCAUAUCUGUGAGGAGAUUGAAAGGCUGAGCAAUAAAGCUCUCGACAAGCAGACGCACAUUGCUGAAGGAGAGGAAGAGCAAGGUGUGAAGAAGUUACACGCCGAGCAGAAAGACGUCAUUUCUGUGGCUGAGGCUAAGAAGAGCACUGGUUAUCUUGAGUCGCUGGGGUACUCGUUGAAGAAACUUGUGUGGUCAUAGAAGUGGAAGAGGAUGGUUAGGGUAAGAAAGGAUACAAUGAGGGAGUGGUAAUAGUCGU